AUGCGCCAAGAGGCGCAGCAGAGGCUAGCCGUGCAGAACCCGCUCUUGUACAGGCAGCAGAUCGCCGCCCAGCAGCUCCUUCACCAACAGGAGCGGCAGAACGCGCACCACGAGGCGACCGUCGCGGCCGCCGCCGCCGCCGCCCGUUCCAGGCAGACAGGAGCAGCGGGGGGGGCGACCAGAGGGGGGGUCGACGUGGGAGCUGGGGCCGGCGCUGGACCAGGGUCGUCGUGGCACCACCAGCACCAGCACCAUGCGCACCAGCUGAGGGCCGAAGCCGAGAUCGCCGCGGCUGCCGAAGCGGAGCUCAAGCGGCAGGACGAGGAAGAAGGCUUCGAUGACGCGGUGGACGACGUCUCUUACACGGUGUACCGUCCCAAGAAGCUCGACAUCGGGAUCCCACACCCUGAUCCGGUGGUGGAGAACACGUCCAUGGCCGCCGUAGACCCGCCCGAGCUGUGGUACAACCUCAAGCUGCAGGAGCUAGAGGGAGAGAGUGAUGUCGUCAAGUCGGGGAAGCUCUCGGCGCUGCAGCUGGAGGCCAUCGCGUACGCGUGUCAGGCUCACGAGACUCGACUCCCGGACGGCAGUCGCGCAGGCUUCUUCAUCGGAGACGGGGCGGGGGUGGGCAAGGGCCGGCAGCUGGCGGGUAUCAUGCUCGAGAACUUUCUCCACGGGAGGCGGAAGCACGUCUGGAUCAGCGUGGGCAAUGACCUAGCGUUCGACGCCCGCCGGGACCUGGAUGACUUGGGCUGCGGAAAACCGGACGGAGACGACGACGACAACAGCAGCGAGGAAGGGGAGGAGGACGAAGUCGACUCGGACGAAUCAUCGGAGGAGGAAGAGGAGGAGGAGGAGGAAGUGGAGGAGGGGGAGGGGGAGAAGAAGAGGAGCGGGGGGGGUGCGGGGCGGCAGUGUAAGGUGCCGUCGUCAUCUUCCGGGAGGGUGCGGCGCGGAGCCGCUGUGGCUGCCGACGCGAAGCUUGGCAACAAGAACAGCGAGAAGCCGAAGAAGAAGAGCGGCGGAGAGAAGAAAGCCGGGGGGAAGGAGAAGGCGGGGAGCGGCGGUGGGGGGGGUGGCGUGUUCAUCGAGAGCUUUCAGCAGAACAAGCACGCCUACGGGACGAUCAGGGACGGGGACGGGGUGAUGUUCCUGACGUACAGCUCGCUGAUCGCGGCCAACCGGGAUGGAAAGUCUCGCCUGAAGCAGCUGCUCAAGUGGUGCGGCGGACAGGACUUCGACGGCUGCAUCUUGUUGGACGAGUGCCAUCGAGCCAAGAACCUCUACGCCGCCGGAGGCGGCGCUGCCACUAAGGCAGGAGCAGCGGUGGUGGAGCUGCAGGCCAAGCUGCCAAACGCGAGGAUCGUGUACUGCUCUGCCACCGGCGCCUCGGAGCCCCGCAACCUGGGCUACAUGACCCGCCUCGGGCUGUGGGGCGCGAUCGGUAGCCCCUUCCCGGGCGGUUUCAAGGACUUCCUGACUCCCGUCGACGGAAGGGGCGUGGGCGCGAUGGAGCUCGUGGCGAUGCACCUCAAGCAGAGGGGGUCGUUCGUGUGUCGCACCCUCUCCUUCAGCGGUUGCCCCUUCGAGCUCGUCACCGACGUCCUCGGCGAGGAGAUGGAGGAGACGUACAACGAGGCCGCGGCGUUCUGGCAGGAGCUCAAGAGGGAGCUGGCGCGGGCCCAGGCGGAGAAGGCGUCCUUCCUCAGCACGCCGGGCAUCCUGGAGGAGGACCUGGACCUGUCGUCUGAGGAGGAGGAGGAGGAGGACCCCCUCGGCGAGCUGGACGGGAUGAUGGACGACUCGGACACCGAGUCUGCGGCCGCCCGGCGUCGGCACCGGUCGCUCAAGGGGGGAUUCGUGUGGCGGUACUUCUGGGGGUCUCACCAGCGGUUCUUCCGAGACCUGUGCAUCGCGUCCAAAGUGCCCGCCACCAUCGAGCAGGCACAGCAGGCCCUGGACAACGACAAGUGCGUGGUGAUCGGCCUGCAGAGCACGGGUGAGGCGAGCACAGAGGCAGCGAUGAAGUCGCGCGGGGGCGGCGGCGGCGGCGCGGGGGCGGGGGCGGGGGAUGGCGAGGACGGCGGCGGCGGAGGCGCCUCUGCGGCGCCGGCGGCGGCAACUGCGGCCGAGACGACUUCCACCGACUACAUCUCGGCCCCCCAGCAGACCCUGAUGCGUGUGAUCGAGCGUUGUUUCCCGCUCCCGCCGAGACCGAGGGCCAUGAAAAUGCAGGACAAAGAGGAUUUCCGAGCAGAAAAGAGCCUGCCUUUGGUGCUGGAGUCCGACAUGGCGGACAUGUUAAUGAGGUACGACUCAGCGGCGGCGAGCACCAUGGUCAACAGAGACGAAGACCGAAGAGUCACGCCAGAGGAGGCGACGAGGGUGUGGCUCAACGAGGUCGGUCUUGAGCUGCCCGGGAAGUUCACGACCGACUCCGCGAGGAUGAAGAAGAUUAGAAAGCUCACGGACGUGGGCCGCUUCCUCAACCGACUGCUGGGGCUCGAGCUCGCGAGACAGACGUACCUCUUCCAGCUCUUCUCGGACACGCUGGACUCGCUCGUGAUGAAGUCGAGGUCGGA